GGCUUCACCAUACUGCAGAGCAGUGACGAUGCUGCACACUGGAUUUAUUAAUAGUAUAAGCUACCGACGAGUGGUUUUGUCUCCUUCUAAGGAAACAUGUCAGCUUACGGUGAAGCCAGAUGACCGUGAUCUUAUGAAAUGAUGAGGCUUUUAAGGAUGAGGAAGAUCAGAACAAAAACUUGGGUGGUGGCAGCUCUUGGUCUGCUGGUCCUCCAUUUCUGUAAAGGUUUUAUUGACCCCAAAACCAUCUGGCCUUCAGCCAAAGGGAGACAGAAUGAUAGUCACGUAAGACAGUCUAUCAAAACCAACAGCUAUGUAUUCCUUGAGCCAAGAUGUCAACAAAAUACAUCUGUCGCCAACAUCACAAGCUUCAGCUCUCUUCCUGGUAGUAUAAAAGACUUUCUCUACUAUCGACACUGCCGCCAUUUCCCCAUGUUACUGGACCUUCCUGAUAAAUGUGGAGGAGCUGAUAAAUCAGCAGACGUCUUCCUGCUGCUGGUCAUUAAAAGCUCUCCUGUGAACUAUGAUCGCAGAGAGGUGCUGCGCAAAACCUGGGCUAAAGAGAGGCUACACAGAGGUGUGUGGAUCAGGAGGAUCUUCAUAUCAGGAACAACUGAUUCUGGAUUUGAGAAACAGAGACUGAACAAACUACUGGAGUUGGAGCAACGUGAGUACAACGAUAUCCUCCAAUGGGACUUUAGUGACACAUUCUUCAACCUCACCUUGAAGCAGAUUCUCUUCCUGGAAUGGAUGGAAAGAAACUGUCCGAACGCUCGUUUCCUGCUAAAUGGAGAUGAUGACGUCUUCGCCAACACAGACAACAUGGUGGAGUAUCUCCAGAGCCUCAAGGAUAAUGAUGGAAGCAAGCACCUUUUUAUUGGCCAUCUUAUUCAGAAUGUGGGACCCAUUAGAUCACCACAGAGCAAAUAUUUCAUCCCAGUUGAAGUGUACCAAUCAAACUCAUAUCCCCCUUACUGUGGUGGAGGGGGCUUCCUCUUGUCUGGCUAUACAGCUUCAGUCAUAUACAAUAUGUCCCAGUCCAUCACCAUCCUUCCCAUUGAUGAUGUUUACAUGGGGAUGUGUCUGGCCAAAGCAGGACUUAGUCCUGUUUCUCAUAUGGGUGUGAAGACAGCAGGAUUGUACAUUCCUGCCAAAAAUUUAGAUGGAUAUGACCCUUGCUUUUAUAAAGAAAUUUUACUGGUACACAGAUUCCUUCCGGCUCACAUGUUUCUCAUGUGGCACAGAAUACAAGACCCUAACCUGAGAUGUGGUCCCUCCAAGAAAAGGUUUUAGCAGCACUUAACUGUAACUUUCAGGUAGUGACAAAGCUUGAUGAUACUUUGCCUCGUGUUCCUUCUCUUAGGGUGAGAGAGCAAGAAUGACCUUAUUCAUUUUAUCGUAAGAAAAGUUUUGUACUGUUUUUCUCCAACUAUUCAGUUGUCCAGUAUAGCAUUUUUUCAUCCUUAAAUUUAUCUGUGUGGUAGCAGCCUUGAGACACAAAAGUAGGGAGUGAUAGAGCUUUUUGAAAACGUACAAUGACAUUAGAGUGAAAAUACUUGCUUUGUAUCGGGCUUCAGCGUUGACUACAUGCACGCUGACAGAUACAUAGCACUGGUAAAUGAUUACUGAUGAAAUUUGUUAUUUUGUGGCUAUACAAUAACAAAUGAUAUUUAAGCCAUUUAAAAUGUCUGCUCGCUCAUCCAACAAACAUGGGGCAUUAUUAUCAGAUCGUGCUACAUACAAACAGUUUGUCUGCUGUUCAGGUACCAUACAUUUGUUAGUUACAAUCUGAUUGUUGAAAACACCUGCUUACUGCUGGAAACAGGGUUUAUGAUAGCCAUCAUAGUAUAGCAAAUUUUCAGGCUAGAAAAUGUAAAACAUAGGAAUGACAACCAAAAGAGGCCAAAAGCUCCUCAGGGCUGCUUGGAUGACUAUACCAACAUCUCUCGCCUUACAUGUGUGAAAUGACCACAAAAAAAUGUGAAUUGAUGGUGUGUUAGGCUGUUGGUGAAGCCAAACUAUGCACAAACAUAAGUCAAGCCAACCCCAAAUCAGGACUGAACCCCUGCCAGGGUUUGGCAGUUACAAAUUACAUAAAAUCAGGAUUAAGUAGUCAGAUUACAAAAGUAAAA